GUGAAAAAUGAAAAGUACAUGCGCUCUCCAGCUCUCUCGCCUAAACUCUCUCAAAUAGCUACACCCUCUCUCUGUCUCUCUCUCUCUGACCAAAAGUUGGUGGAGAGCAAUAAUUUGUGCAUGAUAAACGGCCUUUCCAGUGCACAUCCUCGGCGAGUCAGGAAGAUUAGGAAGGGAGCUUCAAGGACGGGCAGCUGCCAGCACAAAAAAGGAGACGCCUUGGACUUCGGAGGUUGGAGGAUGAAUGGUCUCUCGCAAACCGAACCAGACCCUUCUGAGUUUGUAGAAGUUGAUCCCACCGGAAGAUAUGGCAGGUACAAUGAGAUCCUCGGUAAAGGAGCUUCAAAGACAGUUUAUAGAGCAUUCGACGAGUAUAAAGGCAUAGAGGUGGCUUGGAAUCAGGUCAAGCUCUAUGACUUCUUGCAGAGUCCUGAAGAUCUCGAGAGGCUCUACUGUGAAAUCCAUCUCCUGAAGACGCUGAAGCACAAGAACAUAAUGAAGUUCUACACUUCUUGGGUUGACACUGCCAAUAGGAACAUCAACUUUGUUACUGAAAUGUUCACUUCUGGGACCCUUAGGCAGUACAGGUUGAAGCAUAGGAGAGUUAACAUUAGGGCAGUGAAGCAUUGGUGCAGACAGAUCUUGAAGGGACUUCUCUAUCUUCACAACCACGACCCACCGGUGAUCCACAGGGAUCUCAAAUGUGACAACAUUUUUGUCAAUGGAAACCAAGGAGAAGUGAAGAUUGGAGAUCUUGGUUUAGCAGCGAUUCUACGGAAAUCUCAUGCCGAUCAUUGUGUAGGGACACCAGAAUUUAUGGCUCCAGAAAUUUAUGAAGAGGCUUACAAUGAAUUAGUGGACAUAUACUCAUUUGGGAUGUGCGUAUUGGAAAUGGUCACGUUUGAGUACCCAUAUAGUGAAUGCACGCACCCUGCUCAGAUCUACAAGAAAGUUAUCUCCGGAAAAAAGCCAGAUGCUUUGUAUAAAGUGAAGGAUCCAGAAGUGCGACAGUUUGUUGAGAAAUGCUUAGCUACGGUAUCUCUUAGACUUUCUGCUAGGGAGCUUUUGGAUGACCCUUUUCUUCGAAUCAAUGAACGUGAAUCAGAUUUGAGAUCACUGGAUUACGGAAGAGAAGUUGAUGAGAUGGGUCCUAUGUUGAGGGAACCAUACCUGCCUUGCAGCGAUGGAUCGUACGGUAAUGGAUAUUGUAAUGGUUAUGGUUAUACACCUGCAAAUCAAUGGGGUUAUCACCCAGCUGAGCUUGAAUCCAGCGGAAUGGAACUCUUCGAGUGCCAUGACGAUGAUCAUCCUGCAAAUGUUGAUAUUAGCAUAAAGGGCAAGAGAAAAGAAGACGGGAGCAUAUUUUUAAGACUCAGAAUUGCAGACAAAGAUGGUCCUAUCCGGAACAUAUAUUUCCCUUUUGACAUCGAAAUAGAUACAGCAUUAAGUGUAGCCACAGAAAUGGUUGCUGAGUUGGAUCUAAACGACCAAGACGUGACUAGGAUUGCUGAUAUGAUUGAUGGGGAGAUAUCUUCUUUGGUUCCAGAGUGGAGGCCAGGGCCCGGAAUAGAGGAAAUGCCACAGUUUGCAAACCAAAAUUUUUGUGAGAACUGUGCAUCCAACCGCACCUCCACUGGCUCCUUCGUGGAAUUUUUAUCACAUCACCCUGAGUUCACAAACACGCAGAUGCAGUGUUGCAGGAACGGAUGCACUUCAAUGCAUGGUAGGUUCGAGGAGAUAACCUACCAAGCUGGCGGUCCGGAGCAUCACACGAGAGAGGGUGCACCAAAUGUGUGGAGCACAUCAGAGGGCUCAGAUUAUCAGGAUAUCUGGGAUCAGCGGGAAAGUCGUGAACUCAGUUCGGCAGGACCCUCUGAACCCAGUCACACUGAUGAAGAGAGUGAGAGGUUGGAUGUAUCAAUUUCAAAGGAAACUAGUUCAGAGAUGAAAUCAGAAGAUAAGGUCCCAUUUGGUGCUAGAGAAUCUAUUCUGAAAGGGAUUGGUUCGUGCUCAUUGUCAGCGUAUCCAUCUUUUUGCCGUGAUCUAUCAGAUGAUUAUGAGAAUGUGGUCCAGCGCGAAUUAAGAUGGCAGAAAGCAAAGUAUCAGAUGCAGUUGAGAGGACUCGAAGACCUACAACUCGGACAGACUUUGAAAGUUCCAGCUCACUCUAACCGGGAAGUGAAAACAAAUAAUGUGGUUUCCCCAACUCUGGUUCAACUUUUAAGUACACAGUUGCAGGAUGGAGUUCAACUCCCUGCUUAUAACGAGCAUUCGACUUCAAAUGGUCCUAACUGCAGGUAUGAUGUUAGCCCCAAUUUGGAAACCCGAAGGGCCCAAAAUUGUGAGGCGGAUGAUGACUCCUCAAGAGAAGUAAAAACGGCCACUGCUGAGAGUUGCUACACCAUGUCACUGCUUCCACACACGCUCCAUAGGACGACAUCCCUCCCCGACGCCAUUUAUAUAUAGGUUCAUAAGGCACUUCUCAUUCUUGUACAUGUCUAAUACAUCCCUAGAGAGGCUGCCAUUGUCGGAUCCACCAUUUUCAGGCGUGUAAUGAUGUUAGAAAAACAAUGACAAUGUCUAUUGAGUCACAAUUCUUUAUAUUAGCCAUUUGCUGAGUUUAUUGCAAUGUCUGGCCUGGUUAUAUCGGAGCUCUCA